GUAAUGACUCCUCCUGAACAGUAGAUGUCACAAUGAGUCAGGUUCCACUCUACGGAUUUCAGAGAAGAAACCGCUAAACAAUCUUGUAAUGGACGAGGGUUAAAAGACCAGAGCGGAGUGGAACCUGUCCCUUUUCAUUUCUAACGCCGUGUCCAGUGACCGUUCAACGUCGCAGCUCCAGUUACACUGCGCAUGUGCCACUCCAUGUAACAAGACCGUCUCAUCCUUCUUUCAAUGGCCUUGGUAAUGGAAGAGUUUGACGAGGACAAAGUGAAAGUGCCAUUUGGGACAAAGCAUCUGGAUGCUGCCAUGUGUUUCCCUGUCUCGGCAACAGAUGUUCACACGGCCGUCAUUCUCACACAUGGGGCGGGUGGAGACAUGAACUUUAAACAUCUGGUUUCUCUGGCACAUGCCUUGGCUUCAAAUGGCUUCCUUUGUUUCCGUUUCACAUGUAAAGGUUUAAACUUGUCUUAUAAAGUAAAGGCUUACCGUGCUGUGUGGGACUUCUUGAAAUCUCUACAGAAGUUUACCAUAAAGCACAUAUUUGUUGGAGGAAGGUCGAUGGGAUGUCGUGCUGCUGCAGCUUUAGCCAGGCAGCUGAGCGAUGACUCCCGGGAUGCAGUGCAGGGUGUCAUCUGCCUGUCGUUCCCUCUGCAUCCUCCGGCACAGACGCAUGCCCAUCUGCAACGGAGUGAGGAUCUCAGGGGGCUACCGGAGCACCUGCCUGUGCUGUGUGUGUCAGGCACUGAGGACAUCAUGUGUGACAGGGUCCUUUUUGAAGGGACGGUAGAAGAAAUGAAAGCUAAAGUUGAGGUUUUCUGGCUGAAAGGAGGCAGCCAUGGACUGGCAGUGAAGGGAAGGUCGGAGGAUUCUGUGCUGGAUGAAGUGAAUCUACAAGUCAUCACCUGGAUGAGUAAACAGGGAACAUAGAUUCAUUCAGUUAUUUCUUAU